AUAAAAGGAGCUGUUUCUGACGGUUGGAGUCAGUUGCUCUUCGAAUCCUUUGGGGAUCUUGUGGUAAGCUGUUUGCCUUCUAUAACAACCCGGCAACAUGAGGGAAAUCGUGCAUCUUCAGGCUGGACAGUGCGGCAAUCAAAUUGGAGCUAAGUUCUGGGAAGUUAUCAGCGAUGAGCAUGGCAUUGACCCAACUGGUACAUACCAUGGUGACAGUGAUCUGCAGCUAGAAAGGAUAAACGUCUACUACAAUGAAGCAACAGGAGGCAAAUAUGUUCCCCGUGCUGUUCUUGUGGAUCUUGAGCCUGGAACCAUGGAUUCUGUUCGCUCCGGACCAUUUGGGCAGAUCUUCAGACCAGACAACUUUGUGUUUGGUCAGAGUGGAGCUGGAAACAACUGGGCUAAAGGUCACUACACAGAAGGAGCAGAGCUGGUUGACUCUGUGUUGGAUGUUGUAAGGAAGGAAGCAGAAAGCUGUGACUGUCUCCAGGGCUUCCAGCUCACCCACUCCUUGGGUGGUGGUACUGGCUCCGGCAUGGGUACACUUCUCAUCAGCAAGAUCAGAGAGGAAUACCCAGACAGAAUCAUGAACACUUUCAGCGUUGUGCCCUCCCCAAAAGUAUCUGACACUGUAGUAGAGCCUUACAAUGCAACCCUGUCUGUGCACCAACUUGUAGAGAACACUGAUGAAACAUAUUGCAUAGAUAAUGAAGCCCUCUAUGACAUCUGCUUCAGAACACUGAAGCUUACCACUCCCACUUAUGGUGACCUCAACCAUCUGGUUUCUGCCACCAUGAGUGGUGUAACCACCUGCCUACGCUUCCCUGGUCAGCUGAAUGCUGACUUGCGUAAACUAGCUGUUAACAUGGUUCCCUUCCCCCGUCUGCACUUUUUCAUGCCUGGUUUUGCCCCACUCACCAGCCGUGGCAGCCAACAGUAUCGUGCCUUAACUGUGCCAGAGCUGACACAGCAAAUGUUUGAUGCAAAGAAUAUGAUGGCUGCCUGUGACCCUCGUCAUGGUCGCUAUCUUACUGUUGCUGCUGUGUUCAGAGGCCGUAUGUCCAUGAAAGAGGUGGAUGAGCAGAUGCUUAAUGUUCAGAACAAGAACAGCAGCUACUUUGUAGAAUGGAUCCCCAACAACGUCAAAACCGCUGUCUGUGACAUCCCACCCCGUGGUCUUAAAAUGUCUGCUACCUUCAUUGGUAACAGCACAGCCAUUCAGGAACUGUUCAAACGCAUCUCUGAGCAGUUCACUGCCAUGUUCCGCAGAAAGGCCUUCUUGCACUGGUACACUGGGGAGGGUAUGGAUGAGAUGGAAUUCACUGAGGCAGAGAGCAACAUGAAUGAUUUGGUAUCGGAAUACCAACAGUACCAGGAUGCUACUGCAGAAGAAGAGGGAGAGUUUGAGGAGGAGGCUGAGGAAGAAGCAGCAUAAAGCUGUGGUUUUACAGCCUUUUAAUUUAUAAGCUUUCAAGAACUGUUCAUGCAACUCCUGUUUUCUAAUGUUUGUCUUUUAUUUGUGUUUGCUCGUUCUCUUCUGUUACGUUACAUGCUGUACAGAUCUUACACCACAAUUAAAGCAGUUUUCAUAGUA